CAGCCUCAGCACAUUGUAGUCACUCUCACUCUGUUUCAGUUGCAUUAUUGUUGGCUUGGGGUUUCUCUCAGCUGCAAUGUGUUCUCUAAUUGCCAAGCUCUAUUCCCUUCCUCUCUCACUCUCCAUUGUUUCCUCAUCUUCAUCUUCCUCUUCCUCUUCCUCUUCCUCUUCCUCUAAAGAUGGAAAACCCAACUCAAAGUCAGUGAAGCUGAGAGAGGACUGGAGGCAACGCUCCAGACCCAUUCCUCCUGGUGGCACUUAUCCGGCUAAAGACCACUGCAGUCGUUGCGGGUUGUGCGACACAUAUUACAUUGCCCAUGUCAAGGAAGCCUGUGCUUUCUUAGGAGAUGGAAUGUCUAAGAUUGAAGGCUUGGAACCUGUAGUUCAUGGUAGAGGGAGAAAAACAGGUUCCUCAGAUGAAAUGUACUUGGGUGUCUAUGAGGAGUUGUUGUAUGCUCGUAAAGUGAUCCCUGUUGAAGGAGCUCAGUGGACAGGAAUAGUAACAACUAUUGCAAUAGAAAUGCUAAAAUCAGGCAUGGUAGAGGCCGUAAUUUGUGUACAGAGUGACCCAAACGACAGAUUUACUGCACGGCCUGUAUUAGCAAGGACACCAGAGGAAGUUUUAGCUGCUAAAGGUGUCAAGCCGACAUUAUCUCCUAAUCUUAAUACCCUUGCCCUAGUUGAGGCUGCAGGUGUAAAGAAACUUCUAUUCUGUGGUGUGGGUUGCCAGGUGCAAGCAUUACGAUCUGUGGAGCACCAUUUAAAUUUGGACAAGCUCUAUGUGUUAGGCACAAAUUGCGUGGACAAUGGGACUCGAGAAGGGCUUGAUAAGUUUUUAAAGGCUGCAAGUAGUGAACCGGAGACAGUUCUUCAUUAUGAGUUUAUGCAAGAUUACAAGGUUCACUUGAAGCAUUUGGAUGGUCAUAUUGAAGAGGUUCCGUAUUUCUCUCUGCCAGCAAAUGAGUUGGUUGAUGUAAUUGCUCCUUCUUGUUAUAGUUGUUUCGAUUAUACAAAUGGUUUAGCGGAUUUAGUUGUGGGAUACAUGGGUGUGCCAAAAUAUUCUGGAAUCAGCAUGACUCAACAUCCACAGUAUGUUACGGUAAGAAAUGAACGUGGAAGAGAGAUGCUCAGUCUGGUUGAUAAUCUUUUGGAGGUUACUCCAACAACUAGCAGUGGAAAUCGCCAACCAUUUGUCAUGGAGACUGUUAAGGCAGAUGAUAAUGCAAAGUUGGGAAAGGGUCCUGAACCUGCCCCAAAGUUUGUUGGCAAUGUGAUUGCUUUCUUGCUAAACUUGAUUGGCCCAAAGGGUCUGGAAUUUGCUCAUUAUUAACUCGAUUACCAUACCAUCAGGAAGUACCUGUAUGUAAACCGAAUGUGGGGAAAACAAAGGUGCAACUUUCAAUGUGUUUAACAUAGAAGGAGGAGCGACAUGAUCGGUGACUCCGCUGUCAAGUAUCCAAGAUGUUGUGGAUGGUGAUGACUUAUUGGCGCUGGCGCAAAAAGGAGAUACUGUACCAUUGUGAAGAAGAGACUUAAGUUGACUGUAUUCUUCAGUUGUGAACCUGGGGGCUUCGUUGUCGGAAGCUGAUGUUUGAUAUGUGUUUGAUUUGUUGUCACCCAUGAUUGGGUGUUGUGGCUAGGGUUGUGAAAAACCCUAGGUGAUAAAAGGAGUGUAAAAAAAAAGUAUUCAAGAGACACCCUAGAACUGGUGCUCUGAUAUCAUGUUAAAAUUUUAUAUGAAUCAAUUAAAUAAUAUGUUUCUUUCAGCCUAUUUCAUGUAUG